AUGGCCUCCUUCUCUGAGCUCGCCUGCAUCUUCUCCGCCCUCAUCCUCCAUGAGGAUAAGGUGAUGUUCACGGAAGAUAAGAUCAAUGCCCUCAAUAAAGCAGCUGGUAUCAAUAUGGAACCUUUCUGGCCUGGCUCGUUUGCAAAGGCCCUGGCCAAUGUCAACACUGGAAUCUUUAUCUGCUAUGUAGGGGCUGGUGGGCCUGCUCCAGCAGCCGGAGCCUCACCAGCAGGUGGCCCUGCUUUCUCCACCGCUGCUGCCCCAGCUGAGGAGAAGAAAGUGGAAGCAAAGAAGGAAGAAUCCGAGGAGACUGAUGACAACAUGGGCUUUGGUCUUUUUGACUAA